AAAUGUUCUGAUAGCUUCAAGUGUUCCUCUUCAUAUGCAUAUAGACUAUUCAGAAAAUAAAACUAUUUGUUUCGUAAUUAAGUCUUCAGAAUGGUGCUCGUUGCCCUGUUGGUUUUCACGGUAGUGGUAGGCGAAACUAAUUCUUUGCCAAACUUUUCCAGCCUCUAUGAGGAUCCAGAAAUUGGAUAUAAUACUAGCCAAUUGAUCACGACCAAAGGUUACCCGUGCAAUGAGUAUGACGUGGAGACAAGUGACGGCUACAUUCUGGGCGUCCAGAGAAUCCCGCACGGCCGCAAACCAAGCCCCGCUAAUGUCACGAAGCCAGUAGUGCUCCUACAACACGGCUUGUUCUCGUGCUCGGCCUGCUGGGUUGAAAAUCUGGCCAACAAUAGUCUGGGUUUCAUGAUGGCGGACGCCGGUUUUGACGUCUGGCUCGGCAACAGUCGGGGAAACACGUAUUCGCGCAGACACAAAACUCUAUCCCCAGACGACCUGGACUUCUGGCUUUUUAGCUGGGACCAAAUGGCCCUAAUCGACCUGCCUGCCACCAUUGACAAGAUCUUAGCAGUCACAGGCGCACCAAGCCUCUACUUAGUCGGCCACUCGCAAGGGGGCACCAUCGCGUACGCAUUCCUCGCCAAGUACCCGGCCUACGCCACUAAGGUCAAGAUGGUGGCUGCCCUCGCCCCGGCCGUCUAUAUCAACAACAUAACCAGUCCGAUUAGAUAUCUAGCACCUUUUUCGAGGGAUUUUACAAUCGUCGAUGAGUUACUGGGUCACGGUGAGGUUCUUUCUCAUACCAAACUGUUCGACAUUUUGGCCAGAGACUUUUGUGACCGAGAGAUCCCACAAUACCUUUGCGAGAACGUGCUUUUCCUCAUAGCCGGAUAUGACGUCAAACAAAUGAACAAGUCCCGAGUACCAGUCUACGUGGGCCAGCAUCCGGCUGGCUCAUCAGUACAGAAUGUUCAACAUUUUGCUCAGAUGAUAACAAGCAAGGAGUUCCAAAUGUUUGACUACGGUCCUGAAGAAAAUAUGCAGGUCUACCAUCAGGUGACACCACCCGUGUAUCCCAUCGGCCAGAUCACGGUGCCAAUCAUGAUGUUCCAUAGCACCAACGAUUGGAUGGUUGUCCCCAGUGACGUCAGCAGGCUCGUGAGGGAGACGCCGAAUAUCGUUUCGGAGAAGUUUAUUCAAGGAUGGGAGCAUCUCGACUUCAUCUGGGGGAUGGACGCACCACAGGAAUGUUAUCGUGAUAUAAUUGAUGCUUUCAAAAAACAAGUUUAAUAAAGUCAUAAAAAUAA